AUGGAGGAAAGAAAAGAUUCGGAACAUUGUUCAAUUAAAGAGCAUUCUGAUGCAUAUAGCUUAACUAAGAAACAAACCAUAAGCUUUGAAUCACCUGUAUCUUUAUCCAAAUAUUAUUUGUUCUUUUUUGACCUUUUUACGUGGAAAUAUCCCCGUAAUUCAGGUACUAUUUUAGGGGGAAUAGUAGCAUUGUUACUUUUUUCAAGCAUUGUUAAUAUUCCUCAUUUAAUUUUUCGCACUGCUUGGAUUGUUUUUGCAAGUUCAACAAUUAUUGAAAUUACAGGUCGCUCUGUUUUUAAACAACCGAAUGGUUUCAUUAGCCAAUUUGCACCAUCAUUUUAUUCCAUUUCACGAGAAUCUCUUAACAAUAUAACUGACAAACUAUGCGAUUUAAUUAAUUUCAUACUUUAUGGAAUUCAGGAACUUUUGUUUGUUAAAAAAAUUAAAUAUACUGCUAUCGCAUUUGCUGUUUCUUGGAUAUCAUUUAUUCUUGUGCAAUUUUUUUCUUUCGUUCAUAUAAUUCUUCUAGCUACAUUAUUAGCAUUUACAAUCCCAUCAUUUUAUAUUAAAUAUCAAAAAAUAAUUGAUAAAAAUUUUGCGUAUAUCUCUAGUCUUGCUAAUAAAUAUUCAAAUGUUAUAAAAGAUCAUGCAGGAAAUUGCACGGAAAAAGCAGUGAAGGAAUUAUCUUUUAAUUUUAUAAAACUAGGCACAAAAAUAAAUGGGGAUAUAAAUAAAUUUAAAAUUGGAUUUAUGAAAGAUAAAUUUCUAUUAAACCUUAAGAUCAAAAAAACAAAGCAAACUAUAUUAUCCAAAACAUCUGUUCCAGAUGUUUCUAAUACACAGGAAAUACUAAACGAAGGAAUCGAAAAACAUGAUACUGGUGUUCCUGUUACAACAUAG